UUGUUCACCUAUUCUUUCUCCAUCUUCUCCAUGGCUCCAAAGCAGCAAAACAGUGGUAUCUUUGUGGGGUUGAAGAAAGGUCAUGUCGUUACCCCAAAGGAGCUAGCGCCGCGCCCCUCAGACAGGAAAGGGAAAACAAGCAAGCGAGUGCAUUUUGUGAGGAGCCUUAUCAGAGAAGUUGCUGGAUUUGCACCUUAUGAGAAAAGGAUCACUGAGCUUCUCAAAGUCGGGAAGGACAAGCGUGCUUUGAAGGUAGCCAAGAGAAAGUUGGGCACCCACAAGAGGGCAAAGAGGAAGAGAGAGGAGAUGUCUGGCGCUCUCCGAAAGAUGAGGGCUGCUGGUGGUGGUGAGAAGAAGAAAUAGAGAACUGCUCUUGGAUCUAAUUUUUGUCAGAGUUGAUUAGGACAUCCUUUGAUGUAUUUUGCUAAUGACUUGCAUAAAUGUGACACAUUCUGGUUUUACUUUUUCAGUACUAUCUUCUCUGAUGCUUGUUUUCAUAGUACUUGGAAAUGAAAAUUUUGUAUGGUUUUAUA